AUGACUACAUCUAUAGACGAAGCUACAGAUGAUCGGUUCCUUUGGAAAAUAGGUCAUGCUCCAGCUUCAGAUGUCUUCUCAACUUCGGCUACUUGGGAUUACCUAUACCCUGAGGGUACGAAAGUGGAUUGGUAUGAAUCAGUGUGGAUCAAAGGGAGAAUUCCCAAACAUUCUUUCAUAGCAUGGCUCAACGCAAGAGACCGACUCCUCACAAGGGACAAGCUGAUAAGGUGGGGGUUGUCAGUUCCCUCACACUGUCUCCUCUGCAGUAACCAUGCCGAAUCUCGUCAGCAUCUGUUCUUCGAUUGCUCCUACUCCGGUGAAUUGUGGCAGUACUUUCUCGAUAAAGCUCACUUAUCCUCCCCAUCAUGUUUUGAGGAUAAAUUAAGGUGGUUAAAAAACCCUGUUAGGGACAGGAACAUCGCUCAGAUACUUCGCCUUGCCUUUCAAGCUUCGGUGUAUCUUAUAUGGAGGGAACGUAACUCAAGACUUCACUCUGCCGUCUCAAAACCAGUAUCGCUGUUGUUAUUGGAAGUCAAGAACAUUCUCAGAAUCCACUUGGGACAUCUCACUCAAACAAAGGACUAUCCCUCCGGCUCCCACUCUCUUGAUCACUUGGUUUGGAGUGUUUCACUGAUGAUGUGGUAUCUUAUCUCUGUAACUUUCUCGGUGUAG